AUGCUAUUUCGACACGUGGGUAGUAACAGCCUAGAUGAUCACCAAGCUUUGCACACUGGAAAAAGGCCUUAUGAGCACAGUGAAUGUGGAAAAGCUUUUACCAGUAGCUGUGCUCUCCAUUAUGAUCAGAGAGUUCACACAGGAGAAAGGCCUUAUGAGUACAAUGAGUGUGGGAAAUCUUUACCUGAUGGCAGUAAGCUUCAUUGUCAUGAGAAGGUUCACUCUGGAGGGAAGCCUUAUAAGUGUAGUGAGUGUGGGAAAAGUUACAGCAAUAGCACUAAACUUUGUGGCCAUCAGAGAGUGGACAAUGGAGAAAGGCCAAGGCCUUAUCACUUCAGUGACUGUGGGAAAUUCUUUACUAGUAAGACCAACUUUCAUAGUCUUCAGAGAGUUCAGACAGGAGAAAAUCCUUAUAAAUGCAAUGAAUGUGGAAAGUCCUUUACAAGGAGCACUGGUCUCCAAUAUCAUCAGAGAGUUCACACAGGAGAAAAGCCUUAUCAAUGCAGUGAAUGCGGGAAAACUUUUACAGGUACAAGUGGUCUCCAAUAUCAUCAGAGAGUUCACUCUGGAGAAAAGCCUUAUCAAUGCAGUGAAUGUGGGAAAUCCUUUAUCACUAAGACCCACCUUUGUAGACAUCAGAGAGUUCAUACAGGAGAAAAGGCUUAUAAAUGCAGUGAUUGUGGGAAAUCUUUUACCACAUUCACUGACCUUUGUCAUCAUCAGCGAGUUCACACUGGAGAAAAGCCUUAUAAAUGUAGUCACUGUGGGAAAGCUUACACCAGUAGCACUAAACUUUUUCGUCACCAGAGAGUGCACACUGGAGAAAGGCUUUACCACUGCAGUGAAUGUGGGAAAUCUUUUAUCACUACCACUAAACUUUGUCAUCAUCAGAGAGUUCAUACGGGAGAAAAGCCUUAUAAAUGCAGUGAAUGCGGGAAAUCUUUUACCACUAACACCAAUCUUCGUAGUCAUCAGAGAGUUCAUACAGGAGAAAAGCCUUAUAAAUGCAGUGACUGUGGAACGUCUUUUACCUGGAGCAGUGAUCUUCGUCGUCACCAGAGAGUUCAUACAGGAGAAAAUCCUUAUAAAUGCAGUGAAUGUGGAAAGUCUUUUACAAGUAGCACUCGUCUCAAAUAUCAUCAGAGAGUUCACACAGGAGAAAAGCCUUAUCAAUGCAGUGAAUGUGGGAAAUGUUUUACCUGUAGUACUAACCUUCAUACUCAUCAGAGAGUUCACACUGCAGAAAAGCCUUAUAAAUGCAGUGAAUGUGGGAAAUCUUUUACCUGGAGCGCUAACCUUCGUACUCAUCAGAGAGUUCACACUGGAGAACAGCCUUAUAAAUGCAGUGAAUGUGGGAAAUCUUUUACAAGUAGCAACAGUCUUCAGUCUCACCAGAGAGCUCACAAUGGAGAAAGCCGUUAUGAGUGCAAUUAAUGUGCGAUAUCUCUUAGUCUAAUUUGUAAAUUACCUCUGCACAAGAGUCCGGAUGGGAAAAAGUUAUUAGAUGUGUAGGAAAUGUAUUUUGUUAGCUAGGAUUUAGCAAUUGUAUAAGAUAAUCAGUGAAGUCUCAUUAGUUUGAAUUAUAUCUCAUACAU